CCCGGCUCCAUCCGCUCUCCGCCCUUGGUGCAUUAUUUAAGGGGGUGGAUUUUGUUCUCCCGGCUUCCCCCCCCCCCACCUUUUUGAGAAUCUGCGGACUGCGUUACAUGCAUGUCCAGUGGGGGAAGGUUUAAUUUUGACGAUGGAGGGUCCUACUGUGGUGGUUGGGAGGACGGCAAGGCUCACGGCCACGGAAUCUGUACCGGCCCGAAGGGCCAAGGCGAGUAUGCGGGUUCCUGGAGUCACGGCUUUGAGGUGCUGGGCAUCUACACCUGGCCGAGCGGGAACACCUACCAGGGCACCUGGGCGCAAGGGAAACGCCACGGCAUCGGCGUGGAGAGCAAGGGGAAGUGGGUGUACAAAGGCGAGUGGACUCACGGAUUUAAGGGACGCUACGGCGUGCGCGAGUGCACCGGCAACGGGGCGAAAUACGAAGGCACGUGGAGCAACGGGCUGCAGGAUGGCUACGGAACAGAGACCUACUCGGAUGGAGGCACAUACCAGGGCCAGUGGGCCGGAGGGAUGCGCCAGGGCUACGGCGUUCGGCAGAGCGUCCCCUACGGCAUGGCUGCGGUUAUUCGGUCGCCACUAAGAACGUCGAUCAACUCUUUGCGCAGCGAACACACCAAUGGCACGGCGUUGCACCCUGACGCGUCCCCCGCGGUGGCAGGAAGCCCCGCUGUCUCAAGGGGGGGAUUCGUCCUGAUGGCCCACAGCGACGCAGAGAUCCUUAAGGGCAAGAAAAAGGGCAUCUUCCGCCGUUCCCUGCUGAGCGGGCUCAAGUUGCGCAAGUCUGAAUCCAAAAGCUCCCUAGCCAGCCAGAGGAGCAAGCAGAGCUCCUUCCGGAGCGAGGCCGGCAUGAGCACCCUGAGUUCCACCACCAGCGACGUCAACUCCACCAUCAGCCUGGGCGAAGCCGAGGCCGAGAUCUCCGUCAUCGAGGAUGACAUCGACGCGACCACCACGGAGGUUUACGUGGGCGAGUGGAAGAGCGACAAGCGGUCGGGCUUCGGCAUCAGCCAGCGCUCCGACGGGCUCAAGUACGAGGGGGAAUGGGCCACCAACAAGCGCCAUGGCUACGGCUGCAUGACUUUCCCCGACGGCACGAAGGAAGAGGGGAAGUAUAAGCAGAACACCCUCGUGAGCGGCAAGCGAAAGAACCUCAUCCCCUUGAGGGCCAGCAAGAUCCGCGAGAAGGUGGACCGUGCCGUCGAGGCGGCCGAGCGCGCGGCCACCAUCGCCAAGCAGAAAGCGGAGAUCGCGGCUUCCAGGACCUCCCACUCCCGGGCAAAGGCCGAUGCCGCUGUGACGGCCGCACAGAAAUCUCAGGAGGAAGCGCGGGUUGCUAGGAUCACUGCCAAAGACUUUUCACCUUCCUUCCAGCACCGAGAAAAUGGGCUUGAGUGUCAGAGGCCAAAGCACCAGCAUUCAAGCGAUGAGAUCGAGGUCCUCUCUACAGGGACUCCACUGCAGCAGGAAAGCCCAGAACUCUACAGAAAGGGGACAACGCCUUCGGACCUCACACCUGACGACAGCCCCCUCCAAAGCUUCCCUGCCAGCCCUUCCUCCUCCCCGCCCCUGGGUCCUUCCUGUCGGAACAAGAAUGCCCACUUCUCCAGGCAGGUCUGCAUGGAGGAGGAGAGGGGCGGGGAAAUCCAGGUGUUGCUGGAGGGACGCGGUAGGGAGUACAUGAGACCUAACAGCUGGGGUGAAGACAAGGAGGGGGGGCCUCAUGGCACGAGAGGUGGGGCCUUGCGCAGCGGCCAGUCGGAAGACUACCGAGGCCGGAGUGGUGGGCACAAGCAUGUUACCGCCAAUCACAAACCACGGGAGAGGUGGGCAGAUCCUCCGACCAUGGUUUCAUGGACUUACCACCGCCCACACCACCAUGGCUCAGGGAGCAACAAGCUCAUGGAGCUGGAUGAGGAGAAGCUGAGCAAUUAUGAGAUGGAGAUGAAGCCCCUCAUGAGGAUGGACUCUUACAUGCAAGAGAUGCACUCCCAAAAGAGGCAUUAUGGCAAAAUGAGUCUCAGCAAGAACCUGGCUGAAGAGCAUCAUGGGGAAGACCGGGGCUUUGGUGUCCAGAGGCUGAGGUCAACAUCCCAGAACAAGGAGAACUUCAGGCCCGCGUCCUCUGGUGAGCCAGCAGUGCAGAAACUCGAGAGCCUGAGGUUCGGGGAUAAAGGUGAACCCCGGCUGUUGCGGUGGGACUUAACUUGCUCUCCACCACAGAAGUCCUUACCUGUUGCACUAGAAUCAGAGGAGGAAAAUGGAGAUGAGCUCAAAUCCAGCGCGGGUUCAGCUCCCAUUCUAGUCGUCAUGGUAAUCUUGUUAAACAUUGGAGUCGCCAUUUUGUUUAUUAACUUUUUCAUCUAAGUCAAGACUGUCUUGUUUGCGAAACUCAGCUGAUUAAUAAUAAAAAACCAAGGUGUAUGAAUGGGGAUAAUGCUGCGAGAGACAACAGUGAGAGCGAUGUCUUUUUGAACUGUCCUGCGACAACUUUAAAGUCUUUUCACGGAAGACCAACCACAGAUUGAGUCUCACUCACAGUUUGCCUUUUUUUCCCCCCCUUCCUAGGUAAUGUUUUGGAUUUUAGCCAAAAUUCUUUGCUUGCAUAACCCUUUUGCUGUGUGGCAUGGCAGAAUGGUAACCGCACUCCCGUCUCCCAGCACCAGACAGGAUGGAAAGCGUUCCUCUGGGUGGGUUCCUCAGAUCUCCACUGAUGGUAGAAAAGUGGUUUCACGUGGACUCCCACAGUCUUCAGAUUUUUAACUGAAGACAAAAUGGAGAGAGAUGCCGUGGUCCUGAAAUGGCUUGGCGAUACGCAACGGCUGCCCCAGAUCACUAGAGAUACAAGAUGGGGUUACUCGAGAAAAUCCCAGGGCGAGUAUUUGCAUCAAACUGGGAAAUUCUUGAGUGGGGUUUCAUCCAAAAACAAGAACACCCAAAGCAGAUGGCACUCAUUUAAAAAAAUAAGAAGUAACAUUCAUGGUAGAGAAACAUUUCUUGAAACAUUUGAACAGCCACACCUAGAAGAAAAACCUUAAGCCCCCACUCCUGGUCUCUUCUUGAAGUCCAAAAUAUUUUUCUCACCCAGAACAAUGAUUUAAUUUUCCCAGGUAACAAUAGAAAAUUGGCAAACAUAAAGUCACAUAAAGGAUGCUGAGGCUCAGGUAAAAUCCUGUACCUACUAACUGCACAAUCUUUUUUUUUUUUUAAAUCUUGCUCAACUCAUUUUUCAUCAUCUCUGGCACAUGUUUAAAAUUGACCCAGAAAGGUGUUUUGUUUUGUUUUUUAAGAUGACCAAGGUUUUCACCCAGAUUGCAGCGGGGUCAGCCUCUCUAUUUGGAACGAAUGUCUUGAAUGUCCCUCCAAGGGCCACGGGGGCACCGUGAGGAACGGGGCGUGGUGGGCCUCCCUUCCUCCAUCUUGCCAUGAGCCAUUUCCAGAUGUCAUGCUUGGCCUCAGAGCAUGUAAUAGUUUUGCAUUUUGUCUGCAGGAUGUAUAUUCCAGCUUCCAACAUAUCCCUGUACAAACAACCAAAACCAAAACUAGACAACAAACAAAAACAUUGUCAACAACAACAGCCUCUGAGUAUGUAAUGCUCUUUUUAUAAUUUGUUUUCUCUCCUCUAUGUAUCACUUAAUUUUG